UCCAACUGGAGUCUAAAAACAUAAUUAUCCUGAACUCACAGCCAUAUUUUAUAUAACAUUGAGCAAAACCUUAGCAAAUAGAUCCUCUGUCUCUAUAGAUGAAUGUAACAUAUAACAGAAAAGUUUCGUCGAUCUUUUCUCUCUUUUUUUUUUCUCUUUCUUUCUUUUUCUCUAUCAUUCUCACCCUCUCUUUCUCUCUAUGUUUGUGUCUCUUUCUUUCUUUAGAGAUUUCGAGCCGAUACGUACCUGAAACGAAUGGUGUGCCUGGCAACCGAGAAAAUCAACAAAAAGGAUGGACACAUAGGUAUAUACACAACAGCUGUCGAAACUCUGUAAUAGACAGCAGAUGUCUUUCUCAAAUGUCGCUGAUAGACAUUACCGAAAGUUCAAAAAGAAAAAGAAGAAAAAAGCAUAGUUAUCAAAUACAUUUCAAUAUAAUUUUCAGGAAGAUUACAAUAGAAAGUCUCGAGCAAAUUUUUUAAUUAAUAUACAGAACAAAAGAGAGAGUGGGAGAGAGAGAGGAAGGAAGAGAGAAAUAAAAUAAAAAAUUAAAAGAAGGAAAGAUAUUGAAAUAUUACAAAAAUGCAAUUUUUAAAAGCCAGUGCGACUCAAAAUGUGACGGAGAUGGAGAUGAUGUCAGAAGUUGAAUUGACAAGAUUGAAGAGACAAUAUAGAAUAAUGGAAAACGAUCGUAUGAAAUGUACUGAGGAAGGCGGUCUUCGACUGCGUAAUCAACAGAUUAUGAUUGCUCGAUUGGAGUAUGAGAAAGCUGAGUUAUUGCUUGCUAUUAGAUCGGCUAAAUCGAAGAGAUUUAUUAAAAAAGACGAAGUGGAUGAUGUUAAGUUAAAAGAAUUGUUCGAUCAACGUUCCAAAUUUAUUGAUUCCAUCAAAUUUGAAAAAGACCAGAUUAGUGAACUUAAGAGGCAAAUUGGACAGAUAACGAAAGAAGUUACAAUAUUAAGAACGAAGAUUCCAACUGAUGUACAAGCUAAGGAGAGCCAUAUCAAGCGAAAUAAACUUGUCUUUAUGUUAGAAAAUCGAUUGGAAGUAGCUACGAAGAAAUUUAAUACGGUUGUAUCAGAAAAUGUUAAGCUUCGUCAAGAGAUCGAGUCAUUGUUGAAAGAGAGAACACGAUUUACAACACUUUGGAACAAACUUAUUGGUCAAUUGAAUGCUGGAAAACAAAUUAUUAAUGAUUUGAUAGAACAGGCCACUUUGACUUUUAAUCAAAGGGACGAAGAAAUAGACAAGACUCAAGCUCUUCGUGAAAGAGCAAUGAGAGAUUUUGAUGCUCAUAAAACAGAAAUGUGCGAACUUCAGCGAACUUUGGACAAUGAAUUGAAAUUACAAGAAUUUCUUGGUAUUAAAGGUCAAUAUCGAAAAACUAUAGACUUGCAGAUCAAACAGGAAGCUGAGAGAGCUGCUAAAAAACAAGAGCAACAAGAUAAGAUAGCUACUUAUACUCAUAUUCUUAAUACGAUCAAAGAAUUUACAGGUGAGAGUAAUAUCGAUAAAAUUGUAACUCACUUUAUUAAACAAGAAGAAGAAAAUUUUGCACUCUUCACUUAUGUCAAUGAACUUAACGACGAAAUGGAGAGUCUUCAAACAAGAAUGACCGAAUUAACGGUUGCCAUUGAUGAAGCAAGAGCAUUGCAUGAGUUUAGAGAGAAACAGCAAGUGGAAACGUUAAAAAAUAUUACAGAACAAUUGGAAGAACAGACUAAACUUGCCGAUGAGGCUGAAGAAGAACUUAAUAUUUGUGACGAGGACUUAGACAAAAUGUUGAAAGGUAUAGAGGCUCUUUUCAAGACUAUGAGAUGUGAUAAUUCAUCUAUUCUACGAUUACUCGGUGACAAUACUCACGUAACCAUGAGCAACGUUAUGUUAUAUCUUAAUAUUAUCGAAAAACAUAUCACGGAAAUGAUGCAUAAAGUUCAUUGGAUCGACAAAGCUACUAUGCUGUGUCGAGAAAGAAGAAAUGCAAGUGAUGACAGAAGGUUUAGAAAUUCCGCUCUCUCGAGAAGAAGCAAUAGAGAAAUUGAAAAUACGUCUUGAAAGUGAUUAUACCGACUUACUUCACAAUGUAUCUGGUUGUUAUCUACCGGCUGCUAGAAAAAUCAUGCAAAAGCGUUAUCAAUAAAAUAAUACUUUAUAGAAUUUGUUUCGUAUGAAUAAAAUUUAUGUAGUCUGCGA